AUGGACCGCGGUAACCAGAGCUUCGACGCGUGGAAAGAUUACUUGGGUCUGGCCGAGCUGGUGGAGGAAAUGAGGACGCGUGGCGCUGCUGGAGCCGAACCGAGUCCUGGUGCCGCUGCAGCCGGAAUGGCGGCGACCCAGCCCGACCGCGACACGAAGCGGGACCGGGCUUCAGAAGUCCAGUCGCCGGCUCUCAGCCAACCCGACCGGACGCACGGAGGGAGCAAGUUCUGCGUGUUUUGCAAAAAGAACGAGGAGUCCAAAAAGGUCUACAGCAGCCACCGCUUGAAGGACGGCGACAGAGUGCUGUGCCCCUAUCUGAGGCGAUACACGUGUCAGCAUUGCGGCGCCACGGGAGACCAAGCGCACACGAAGCGCUACUGCCCGCAGCGAAACCAGGACUGCCGCGGCCAGCCAGGAGGAGAGGCGGCGGGCAGCGCGCCAGGGGGCGCCCUUCUUCAGUGA